CGACAUCACUUAUCAUGACGCACGCGGCACCUAUAUUAUUUGGGAUGAUUUGGCUCCCGCCACAACCAAACAGCAUAUCAAAUUGUCUUGAAACUUUGUCCUCAACUAUUUUGCCAUGUCUGGCAAGGACUCUUCCGACCCAGUCCUCCUCUUCACACCCGAUAGAGAGAGCCAACGGAGCUCCUCAGGUCUGCCAUCCGCUGAUUCCAAGCCCAAUCCUGGUCCAUCGCGCAAUUUCGUCAUUGUUCCUCCAAUUCUCCCCUCAGAGGAGAGAAGCAGGUACAAAGACAUGCCAGAGACAGGCAAUAUACGCGAUAUCGAGCCCCCCGUCGAUGAAGUAAUGGGCGAAUACAGAGACAACCAGGGCCAUGAUUGGUAUUAUGCGCGCUAUCAACAGGGAAUUACUCAUCGGACGCGCAAAGCUGAAGGAUCACUGCCACAUUUCGACCCAUCUGGCCACGACGUCCAUCCCAAAGCUCGUCCUACUGUUAUGUUAAAGAUUGGCAGGCCCAAGCCUGGACCUGUUUUCUCGGACAUUGUUCCAGACUCCGAAGAAGAGGAUGAGGAUGAAGAAGAAGAAGAAAGCUCUCCAGAGAAUGAAGACGAUUACAGAGCACCAUCACGUCGACUUAGACAAAGAUCCAGCGCAAAACGUUCGACACUCCCUUUCAGUCCGACAAAGACACGCUCGCAGAGAGUCUACGCUAUCCAAGGGUCCGAGGAUGAAGAUGACGCCGGAAGCGCCGCUCCCCAAAGACGAUCUACGCGAUAUAGAAAGCCUAUGAAGAUUGACAUUGAUGAAAUCUCUGAGGCAUCCUCAGAUGGCGGAGACAGCGAUGACUACAUCACAUCACGGGGAGCGAAAGCGAAGACUCUGAGGAAUAAGAAGAAAACCUGCGCGCGGGACUGCCUCGCGUCCUGCUCUUCAGCCUUGAGGGCGCAUCGGUCAAUCUGUGAGAAAUGUCAUCGCGGUCCUACUCAGUGCAGGAGAAAGAAGAGGUCAUCGGAAGACGAACUUGAGCCUGAUUCUGCAGAUGAAGUGGAGCGACUUGGCGAACUCGGGGGUUGGGUUAGAUGUUUGAAAUGUCCUGUUACUGCUCAUUGGCGUUGCCUGGCUAGCACUCAAAGGGACGAAAUUUUGAAGGCCGCCCGAGAACGAGACCGAGGCUUGUGGAUCGCUGCUAACCCCGACGCUGCAGCCAACGUGGAGAAGGAUGGUCCAAGCAAACGGCCGGGAUUGGGCAUUUCUGAGACAACUGAGUUUAUCUGCGGUUCCUGCAUGAAAGGUGGCAUCUGCAUGUCGUGCAUGGAGGUUGCUAUUGUGCCAGAUCUAUCACGGGUGCAAAAGUCUCAAGGUACCAGCGUAACAAGCACUGUGCCCAACGACCCCGAUCAUACUGAUACCAAAGAUGUCGAGGCGGUUGACGUCGCACAAGAACUUCGCUUCCGUUGUUUCACCUGCAAACGACUGUCCCACUACGACCAUCUCCCUAAGCCGCCUAAUCAUGCAGCAGAUACAGUAGCAGAGAUUGCAGAACACUAUCAGAGGAAUUGGCUUUGUCACGACUGUGCAUCUUUCACCUAUCCACUGGAUAAAAUCCUGGCUUGGCGCCCCUAUCCUGCUAAUGCUGUUGAACCUCCUCGAUCUGUGAGCGAGCCACCUAAUUACAAAAGUCCUUUACCUCGAGAAUACCUCGUCAAAUGGGAGGAACGAAGUUAUCGUCGACUCAAUUGGGUUCCUCACAUGUGGUUACUCUCCACUCAUCCCUCCAAAUUGAGAAAUUUCUUGACUGGUGGCGCGAAAGUCGAACUGUUGGCUGCGUCGAAGAAGCAGAUCGAAAUCGAAGAACCCGCUUUUAUAUUUGAAGAUGCGGAUCAGUCGCGGGCCUCUUCAGUAAAGCCUGGAACGAACACUCCUCAGCUACCUCAGGAUGCUAUGCUUGACGCUGAAUCUCGGAUUCCUCCCGAAUGGAAGACUGUGGAUCGUAUUUUGGACAUUCGUAUCUGGCGCUCCAAGCCCAAGAAGAAAGCAGUCAACAAAGGCAAGGGAAAGUUGCGGAGGAUGUCUAGUGACGAGGAGAUGGAAGACGGCGCCAAUGAUGACUUUGGGUCGGACUAUGAUAUAGUGUUCAGUACUGGAGAGCAGCCUGACGACAGCAUGAUUGAAACUGUCGAAGACUGGGAGACGCGCACUGGCGAAGAUUUCACGAUUGACAAUAUUGGGCUUGUUGUAUGGGCCUUCAUCAAGUGGGAAGAUCUUGGUUACGAUGAAGCAUCAUGGGAUUCUCCACCUCAAAAGACCGACGCCACUUACCCAGCAUUCGAAACCGCAUUGUCACGCUACAUAAAAUCUCGGUCGGUUCAAGUUCCGAAACUAAAGGCCCAUGAAAUAUCUGCGUACGAAAACCGGCCCAAGGAUGAAUACAAGCGUAAACACGCACUUCUAGAUGCCGCUGAUCUGGAUCUGGGUCAGAAACCUGAACUGAAGUUGAUGCCUUUCCAAGUCGACGGUUUCAAUUGGUUAGUCGAUAACUGGUGGAACAAACAGCCAUGUAUUCUAGCUGAUGAGAUGGGUCUGGGCAAAACAGUUCAAAUUGCGACUUUUAUUGGGAAAAUCGCGUCUCAAUGGAAGACUUUCCCCGCUCUUGUAGUAGUUCCGAAUUCUACUAUCACCAACUGGGUCAGAGAAUUUGAGCGUUGGGCGCCGAACCUCCGGGUGGUACCGUUUUACGGAGAAAGUAAAGCCCGCGAAGUGAUCAAAAACUUCGAGCUCAGGCACAAAACAAAAGAAGCUGGUACAACUGGUGCCAAAUUCCAUGUGCUCAUCACGACAUACGAAGCGCUCUUGGGUCAGAAAGAUUUUACACCCGUCUUUAAAAAUCAACCACGUUGGGAGGUCCUGGUAAUCGAUGAAGUGAAGAGUGACAAGAGUCUGCUUUUUAGAAAGCUAAAUGAGUUGAAUAGCAUUCAUCGGAUCAUUAUGACAGGCACGCCCCUGAAUAACAACAUUCGGGAGCUAUUUAAUCUCAUGAACUUCCUCGAUCCCGAGCAGUGGAACGAUUUGGAGGCUAUGGAAAAGGAACACGAAGAACUGACCGAAGACCUCGUGAAGCAACUCCAUUCUAGGUUAAGGCCUUACUUCCUUCGUCGUAUCAAAAGCGAAGUGCUUCAACUACCUCCGAAGAACGAAGUCAUUGUCCCCGUCUCGAUGACACCUUUGCAAAAGGAGAUCUAUCGUCGUAUCCUAAGCCACAACUUGGAGUUGCUCGCUGCUCUAACUCAGCCCGGCGCGAAGACAGGGGUACAGUCAAAAGGCCGCAUCAAUAAUGUUCUCAUGCAAUUGCGAAAGUGUCUUCAACAUCCUUACCUCUGCUUCGAAGACAUAGAACCCACAGGCCUUUCGCCACAAGAGACCCACGAGAAACUGAUUGAUGCCAGUGCAAAGCUCCGCUUGCUGAAAUCGUUAUUGCCCAAGUUGAAAGCCCGAGGUCAUAGAGUACUACUUUUCAGCCAGUUCGUGAUCGGAUUGAACAUCAUUGAAGAUUUCUUAGUCGGAGAAGGCAUCAAAUAUUUACGCCUGGAUGGAAACACGAAAGGUACUGAACGUCAGAAGGGUAUGGACGAAUUUAAUCGUCCGGGCUCCGAUGUCUUCAUAUACCUAUUGACGACACGCGCAGGGGGUGUCGGCAUCAAUUUGUUUAGUGCCGAUACUGUCAUCAUAUAUGAUCCUGAUUUCAAUCCACACCAGGCUAUCGCUAGAGCAUAUAGGUUUGGACAACAGAAAACAUGUCUAGUCUUCAAAUUGAUGGUCAAGGCAUCUGCGGAAGAACGCAUCGUGCAAGUUGGAAAGAAGAAGAUGGUGUUAGACCAUCUCAUUGUGCAGAAGAUGGAUGAUGAUGACUCGGCAGGAGAGAAUGUGCAGUCAAUUCUAGGCUAUGGCGCUCAAGCACUCUUUGAAUCUGGAAAUGAGACGACACACGAUAUAACCUAUACCGACCAUGACGUCGAUAAUCUCAUAGAAAAAACCGAGAAAGAAGGCGACCAGGAUGAGGCAGUCAAGGAGGGCGCUGCGUUCUCAUUUGCCAAGAUUUGGACAGCUGAUCGUGAAACCCUGGAAGAGGUGAGGGAUGAGGAUCAAGGUGAUUCCUGGACGACGACGUUACAAUUAAUCACCGCGGAACACGAGAAGAUCCAGCAACGAGAGGUGGCUGCAACAGGCCGGGGAGUGCGUCGAAAAGCCGCAGCCCCAUCACAGGCUGGCAUUUACAUCGAGGAUACGCCGAAAGCUCCUCCACACAAAAAUCAAGUCAAAGCCUCGGCAUCAAACACAUCAGAUGGGUCUGCGUAUGGAGCUUCAGAAAUAUCCGACGGGGAUGCUAGUGAUACUACUCGCACAAACGCUAGUGGUGUCAGUGUCUCAGGCAUUGAAACGACCGCGCCUCCAGCCUUGCCAAAGAAAGUUAAGAAGCCGAAGGAAACCCGACCAUUUACGGCGAUCCAGAAUACGGUCGACACUUGUGGAUUAUGCGGGAAGAGACACGGGGAUCGUCUGGGAGAAUGUGCUAUGACGGACAAAUCAGAGAACUUGGCUGAAUUCAGGGAGAUGUUGAUUCUCCAUGCGGACGACGAACCCUUUGAAGAACGGCGAGCUGCAGUUGAAGCCAUCGAUCGAGUCCUAUAUUACCGUGGACAUCUUAGCUUAGUCGCAGGCCAGCCUCUGCGUCCAGUGAUAAAGGAAUCAGCACAGAACUUUGUGGUCAAAAAGCCCAAGCCACAGGCGGCUAAUGGAUUACGGAUGCCUCCUGCUUUCUCAGCCUCAGCGCCUGUAGCUGGUCCGUCAAAGAUUCAUGCUGCGCCUUCUGCGUCUGUAGGCCGACCGCCGUCACCUAUGGCCGGACCAUCCAAACGCACUCCAUCUCCGACCCCGCUGAUUUCCGAGUCGGCACAGGCUAAGAAAGUGAAGCCGAAUGAGAAUGCUCCUUGUGUUGUAUGCGGACACACAUACCACAAACUCCCUGACUGUCCUCUAAUCAAAGCAGGUCCCAGAAGUGUUGCCAAAGAGAUCAAACGUCUAGAAGAUUUACCCGGAACCGGCGAUACUGUCAAGUAUCUCAAACUUAUACUAAAGAAACAGAAGCGGAGAGAACUGGCGUUGGCUGCUGAUAAUAACGAUGCCUCACGGAAUCUGUAGUAGACUAUAUCCCGAUUUUGGCCUAUAUUUUGUGACCGAAGUACAUGUAAAUCGAGUAUUGUAGAGUAGAACACAGCCUUAUUGUUUUUCAUAGAACGUGGGAAGGAAGCCACGCUGAAAGCGGUAGGCAGUUCUCUUAUUUGGUCGCU